AAAACUUGAAUUUAUAUUCUGAACGAUUUAGCUUAGCAGCCCUUGAACGAAAAGAACUUGGUUCUUUGAAUGCCCCAUCCCUCAUAUGCACUUCAAAGUGGAUUUGGAAUUAAGGAAAUAUAUUAGAACUGGUUAAAUAAUAUUGGAAAUAUAAAGUUAGGAAAGCUGAACAAAAAUUACAAGCCGCGAAAUGCUACGAAUGCUGCAAAAAAGGACCAGUAUGGUAAAGCUCUUGGUUCCCAGACCCCGGCUAAACACGACUAUUGCGCAAACCACAAUAAAGGAAAUACCAACGAUUAAAACAUUUCCAAAAGCGAGAAAACUGUAGGAAGAUGGUUUCUAGGAGUCAGUCGGUGUAACGAGAUUAACAGAGUCUGGCCUUUCUAUGGUUACUUGGAAGCUGACUGGAGAACGCAUGCCAAGAUCUCAAGAGGAAUGGGCUUCAAUCAUUUCUUUGUAGGAAAAAUGCAAGCAUGACUGUUGAAGAGUUCAAAUUUAUAUACCUCAUGGAGUACAUACACAGAAUGUGGGGUCGCGCCAUUGGUGGAUUUUUCCUUGUCCCAGCAGCAUAUUUCUGGAAAAAAGGUUAUUUCUGUCCAAAAACCAAGAACAGUGUUCUGCUCCUGGGGACUCUGAUUGGUCUCCCAGGGUUAAUGGGAUGGUACAUGGUUAAAUCUGGAUUGGAGAACAGAUUCGAAGACCAGAAUGAUGUGCCACGCGUCUCUCAAUACAGAUUGGCCUCCCACCUAGCGGCAGCAUUUGUUUUGUAUGCCCUUUCCCUAUCACAAGCAAUGUCGAAGCUAUUCCCCUCGGAGCCAUUCGUGGUGAAAGCAAAGAAAGCAUUUAAUAUCAAAGGACUGUCACACAUGACAAAGGGAAUGGUGUUUCUAACUGCCAUCUCCGGCGCUUUUGUGGCCGGACUUGACGCCGGAUUAGUUUACAACUCACUCCCAAAAAUGGGGGACAGCUGGAUCCCAGAUGACAUGUGGCAGUUUAAGCCCAUACAAAGGAAUAUAACGCAAAAUCCAACAACGGUUCAGUUUAACCACCGCAUCGUGGGCAUCACCACAGUUUCCCUAGCUACAGCCUUAUGGCAAGCGAACAAAUUGGGCAAUCAACGCUGUGUUCGCCAUGGCGUGGACACAAGCUACCCUGGGCGUUACGACACUAUUGAACUACGUGCCAGUACCUUUAGCGACGGCUCAUCAGUCUGGCUCGCUGGUCCUUCAGCUUUGCGCUUUAGUUAUCACACGAGAUCCGGUUCCUAAAGUAUUUGCCCAAGUAAAUACUCUAAUGAACUGAAUAAGGGUAGCAUCUGAUAAAUGUGUAAUAAAGUUUUCUUAAAUGGUGGGCUGUAGCUACAAUAACUGAGAUUUUAAACGCUUGCAGAUGUAAACUAUCCAUUUAGUUGAUAAAGAUGUCAAGCCGA